AUGGAUUUACGUCGUCUCCAAAUGAUCAUAUAUCUUAUAUUGAUAAUUCUUUAUAACUCCUUUGAAUCAGAAGCAGACAUCUAUACUUCUGUAGAUCACAAUGAGUCUCAAAGGAGCAUGGAGGAAAUAAGAUGGCUGUUUGAAGAUUGGGCCGUUAGAUAUGACAAAUAUUACAAUGAAAUCAUAGAGAAGGAACAUAGAUUUCAGGUCUUUAAGGAAAAUCUCCGAUUCAUAGAGGAGCACAAUCACAUACAAAAUAAUCACUCCUACAUUGUUGACCUCAACCAUUUUGCAGAUUUAAGGAGUGAGGAGUUUAGAAAUAUAUACCUCAGUGCUAGAUUCAAUGUGACUAUGACUUCUCGUUUCUUCCCUCCUUCUAGCGAUCAAUACAUGGUCAUGAAUGGAGAAAAUCUCCCAGAGUCAGUUGAUUGGAGAGCCAAAGGUGCAGUUAGCUCAGUCAAGCACCAAGGCCAUUGUGGUUAGUAUAAUUAUUUAUUAUUUAAUAUUUAUUUCAAUUCUCAUUUCACACAUUAUCAUAUUUUCUCAGGGAUGUAUUCUCUUUCCUAUGUUUUGUCAAUUAUCCAAAGAAUUCAUAUACCUUUAUGUUCGUCAUUGUGAUGUUUUCGGUCAGUUCAAGGGCUACACUAUCAAGCACUUGCUUGACUGAAACAACUGAAUAAAUUUCAGAUAGGAUUCAGAGAAAAAUUAUCCGUUUAGAUUAAUCAGCUAAGGCCAAUGAUCAUCACAUAGAUUUAGUUUCAUCUAUUGCAGCAUCUAAGAUUACAAAAUUAAGAAAAUAGGAAGAAUACUCUUGAUUUAAUAAUAUCAACUUCAAAUUAGCAUCUAAACCACCUAUUAGAAAUUUAUAAUUGCCAUUAUUUUUUCAUAUAACGAGAUAGCAGGUUAUUUAGUACAAAUUAUUCUCUAUUUCUAGCUACCAUAAUUUAUUUAGUUCGAGUAUUUCAUGGCCACCUGCUUAUUCCUGAGUUAAUAUUCAAGGGAGCUGUUGGGCCUUUUCAACUAUUGCAACAAUUGAAGGGAUUAACCAGAUUGCUACCGGCAAACUGAUAGACCUAUCUGAACAACAAUUAGUGGACUGUAACAACAAGAACUGGGGGUGCAACGGAGGUUGGCCAGAGACUGCCUUUGCAUACAUAAGAAAAAAUGGAAUUGAUACAGAAGGCCGCUAUCCAUAUAAAGGAACAAAGGCAAACUGCAACAGGAACACUGUAAUAUUACCUCAACUUAUUCAUAAUUUCCUUGCUCAAAAUCAUUUAUUUCUUGAUAAAAAUUGAUCACAACAAGGAACUAAAUGUUUUUCUUAAUCAUGUGAUUAUUCAAGGCAAAAGCUGUCUCAAUUGAUGGAUAUUACUUCACACCAAGGUAUAACGAGGGUGCCUUGAGGAAAGCAGUUGCUAGUCAACCGAUUAGUGUUAUAAUAAGAUCUGACAGUAGAGCUUUCCAGUUUUAUAAAUCGGUAAGAAAUCCAUUAUUUCUUUUUUGGCACAAUAAUAUUUGUUUACUGGGUUUUUUUUUCAAAAUUUCACGUGCAAGCAUCUAACUUACUCCAAGUAAAUUAACAUACUGGGAAAUUUAUAAUAUAAGAGUUUGUCCUAUUUUAUGAGCUUUAUGCAACGGUAUAAAAGGUCCAGCCUGGAUCAAAACAAGUUAACGGAGUUAUAAUCAUAUUUUUUGUGACCUGGUUUUGAACUAAGAGGCUAAUGCAUCAUCUACCUUAUUUUAUGAAUAUCCAACAAAAUAUAUCUACUGCAUAUGGUUUCUUUAAAUAAAUAAGUUUCUAAGGCACUUAAGGAUGCUCAUUUGAGAUGUUAAUAUAAACUAUGAAAGUCAAAUACCCAAGUAUUUUGUUAGGAAAGGCCAUAAAUCAGUAUACAUAUACUAGAGAAAUUGUAAACACACAUAAAAUCUAGGCAUGAGUGACAAAAAAUUACAAUGGGAUGUAUUCCUAGUUUAUGUAUUCAAUUGGAUAUUGUUUCCCUUUUGAGCAUGUAUGAUGAAGAAUGAAAAGACAAUCAACUGCAUGAUUCAAUAAGAAAAAAACUAGAUCAAAAAAAGGUAAUGUUUUUUUUUAUCAAUGGAAAUGACAAUGGAUAGUUAAAAAAUAAUCUUAAAUGGUAUAGGAUUCUAAUUCAUAUCUAGUUGACAAGCAAAAACUUAGUACUUAGAGAGUGAUUCUUGGAGUAUGUUCAAAAGAUGUAUAUAUAUAAAGGAAACACAUUCAAUCAAUCAUGAACGUAUUAUCAAUACAAUAUUGUAUAUUUCUCACCAUUAGAAAAGAUAUAAGCAUAGGAAAGAGCUGAAAAAAUCUCUAAUUAAAUUCAUGCCAUCAUAUUUGGGAAUGAUUUCAUUUAGGAAUAAGAUAUAAAAAAUUUCUUCAUGCCAUUUUUAAAAUUUAAAAUUCUCUUUUUAAUUUUAAGUUACUAUCUUGGGAAAGUAAAAAUUAUUUUCUUCUUAAUAUGAAAAAUAUAUACAUCUCUAAUAGAAUCAAUAUGACUAACAAUUUUGUUUCAAAGAUAAUCUUGCUUAAUUUCUUAACAUCUUGGAUCGUAAAAUUUUUUUCAUCAUGUUCAUAGAUCAGAUCAAGAAUACUUUGCCUUGAUAUCUUGGAUAACACUUUUUAUUUUAUUAGUUUAAGAUAAAAUCAGAUGCUGCUCUCAAGCUAUUUCUUAGGGAAAUUCUUUCCAUUGAAACUAGAUAUAUUAUUUCCCAGGGCAUCCUCCAUGCUUGCCCUUUUCAUUACGUAAAUGUUCAUUUUUACUGAAAAAUGACCAUUUCAUUUGGUCAUUGUUACUUUCAUUAUUAUUUGUAGAAUUUUUAAUGCUUUUCUUGUGAAACAUGUGCAUUAAAUGGAGAAAAAACCAUAAUUAUUACACACUAGCAUAUGCUUUGUGAGUAAAAAUAUGUUCUCAGCUUUUCUUCUAAGCCAUAUGUAUGUUCGAACAAGUGUUGCCAAUAUAUCUGAUAAAUUAUUUUAUUGUUUAAAUGACAUCAAAUUUCAUGUUAUGAUAUUCUGUGCAGGGAAUAUAUAAUGGCCCGUGUGGAAUGGACUUGGACCAUGCAGUGACUGUAGUCGGUUAUGACAUGGAUCCAUCAAAUGGGAAAGCUUACUGGAUUGUAAAGAAUUCUUGGGGCCAAGGAUGGGGAGAAGAAGGAUAUGUUAGAAUUGAACGCAAUGUGAAGAGCUAUGAUGGCAAGUGCGGCAUUACUGCAUAUCCAGCUUACCCUAUUAAGAACAGGAAAUCACAUUUCAAUUUCCUGUAA